AUGCCGCAUCUACAGUUUACUCAGGUCGAGACCCGACUAGCCAGUGAAAGACAUUUGAAGUACCAAGGUACAGCCAAGGUCGGCUUGGAUGAAAUCACCUUCCACCCUACCUCAACCACGAAGGUUGACGAGGCAAAGCUGGACCGACUACGCCGCAUCUUCCGUAAAGAAGGUUGUCGCCGUUUGGAUGUCCGUAACCAUGCCACUGCGGUGGUGUCGAAGACGCAUCUUGACAAGACACUUGGUGACGCUCACGUGAGCGCAUCCGCAUUGCUGACCAAUCCACCAUCCUCUUUUCCGACCCUUCGUUUUGGCGUGGGCCAACUUCAAUGCCUCCACGGUCAACAUCGUAUCAGGAUAGGCAGAGAGCUACUGCCGCCUGGGGAUCGUUGGUGUGAACACAACGCUCGCUUUCGUAAGAGGUGGUUGUCCCGACUAUCGGCAAAUAAAGAGAAGCGGCUGAAAGCCCUCCUGGCCCACGAUGAAUUUCGGGACGCUUUUGACGAGUUACUGGCUGUCCCUGGGCUCUGGGGGGGCCUCCGGAUUGGGUCACUGGGCAAGCUCAUAGCGGCCAAGUAUGACGAGGAAAUCGUGAGCUACCUGAACUUCAUCCGCGAAUUCUGGUUUUCUAUUGUGGACGGCGUCCCUGCGGCCCUAAUGCGGAUCAAUCAGCGGACGGUCGAAAAACUGCAACUGCACGCACCAGGGGUCUCGCAAGAGGACUCUAGAACUGUCCAAGGGCUCGUGCUCAGCGGCCAAAUAUUUUCUGGAUUCAGUGCUCCGGAACGAGAGGCGAUCUGGGGGAAACUGCGGUCAUUCGACCGCUUGGUUCCUUCCCUUUACACAUUUUUCGAGGACCUGAAGUAUUUCACAGCCUGCGCCGAGUGCAUUCAGCGUCUGUUGGUGACUAACAAAAAUCACCCAACCGUCUAUACCACCAUGGGACACAUGUUUCAGUCUACCGACUUGGACGGUGAUCAAUGCUUGGUUCAAGUGUCCGAAUCACGUUUCCGAAGAGUGACUGGCACUUGGGACGAGCGUCUGGAUCUCAGCUAUCGAGUAUUGUGGCUGUUUGCAAUGCGUCAUUAUCCUCAGAUGGCCAAGGAUACUCGGCGGGAUGGCCUGCUGGCAAAAGCUCCUAGCGAGAAGGCCGACGAGGCCGUUAUUUACGAGAUGGCCGCACUGGCCAGAAAGCUCGGUUUUCGGUCCACACAGAUUAGUGGACUCCUCAGCCGGUCCCCAGAUCGCCAGAUAGCCCAUGCUGCCCUGUUAAAGGCACGCAAACCGGAGCGCUAUCGGUAUGACCCGGAACGCCUGGAGCGCCUUAUUGACCGUAUCAGCGCAUGUUUCUCUGAGGCAAUUGCCGGCGAAAUGGCACCAGCCCCCGAACUAAUCGCCGACCCUGUGCUGCUGAGCAGCUCCCAGUGUGGGCUUCCUCAACGACGAGUCCACCAACAGGAUCUUCCAUUCCUCUUCCUUGAUCGAUUGGAUGUAAAUGCAGGAUGGGGAGGAGAGCAAAUCUCAUCACUUUUUGUGCGGCGGUGUGUCUACCUGGCCUUUUUCGGAGCAUCCCCUGGCAGGCUUGGCCAGAGCCAGGAAUUCAUACCCGAGGCUGCUUCGCCGUUGUUCAAUGCAAUAGACAGCCACAUUGAUGAGCAAGGGCCAGAGGCCGCCGAGCUUGGACAACUGCAAAGGGACGCUAUUGACCGCGCAGCUGAGAUCGAACAACUCCAUAAAAAUGCAGAAAUUACGGCAACAGAGCAACAGCGCCUGGCACGAGAGCUUGAAUUUGCGCAGGAGGCCACACGGAUGGGGGCUGUCGAAAGAGAGCGCCUUCGGGAGGAAGCGGAGUCAAUGUCGAAAAAGCAGGCUGCUACCAUUGAACAGCUGCAGGCACAACUUAAGGAGCAAGCUGUCGCUUAUGAACGCCUAAAGGAUAUUACAGAGAGACAGGAACAACAGCAGGAGGAUUCACAGUCAGCUGCAACCGCUGGCCAGAAACGGAUACAGGAAAUGGAAAGACAACUGCAGGAAGAAACUAUACGGGCUACAGAGCAGCACAAUCUGUGGCAGCAAGCUAAAGCAGGACUCCGGUCAGAGGCUGAAGGAAGAUCCGCUGAGCAUGCACGAAUACAAGAAGCAGACAUGAUACGCACGGAACUGUCUGCAGAGAUCCAGAUAUUGCGCGAGCAGCAUGCCGCUGAGUGUAAGCGACUACAGCAAGCUGUUACAGAAUAUGAAACCGAGAACAAACAACUUCGAGUAGUCGUGGAGAAGGCUUCCGACUAUGUAUAUGACGGACUGAUACCAUCAUCGGUUCUACUCAAUAAGGACCCUGGGCCUGGCAAACCAGUCACGAUCACGCUGAUGUUGUUUGAAGAGAGUUCUUGGAAAAGACUGAGGACCAUAAAGCUUUCUAUGUCGGACCUGGGUGACUUACAGCGGUUUUUAUACCAACAGAAGAACAAAUACAUUCGAGACUCCCCCUCUCGGGAAUUGCAAUUUUAUAACAUAGACUUCAGAAGCAUGCCCAUAGGCGUGUGCCUGGCAGCAGCAACUGAGGACUACACAGUUCUCAUAAGCAUGGAGGAUCUGUCCAACGCUAAUGAACAGCACACAGCUGUAAGGCAAAUACUGGGUAUUACUCGUCGGAAUCCGGAGGCAGAAGAGCUACCUCCGGACAUAGGACAGAGCAGGGUAACACCUAAUGAAAGAAGGGAGGGUCCUUCAACAGCAAGCAUUGAAGCUGUGGAGACCGAGGCAGACAGGCCAGAGAAGAAAAAAGCCCGUCAAAAGAAGGCGACUUGA